AUUUGCAUUUUGUUUGUCUCAGCGAAAUUGACAAGUGAUAUUCUAUUUUGUUCGAAAUAAUCGUAAUGGCAUUUUUAAUACUAAUGUACAAUAGGGUGUUUUUGCCAUCAAAUAAUCAAGAAAUGGUAGUUCUGGAUUGAAAGAGUGAACAAUUCUGAGUCGAUUGCAUGUAUUUUUACUUUAAAAUAAUCAAAGAUGCCACUUCCCGAGAUCAAAACAGAAAAUCAUAGAAUUUUGAGGUUAUAUCACUAUUCGCUGAAACUAAUCUGAUAUUUUCCAUUUUUUCGAUUCAAUCUCACUGCCAGAGACGAGUUCUCAAUGCAAACAUUUAUUAUAACGAAUGAUAUACACACUUCCCGAAGCAAAAAGAAUUGUCUAAUUUGAAUUGUCUAAUGUUUUCGGAACGCUACCCAGCAUCUGCCAAAUUCAAACAUUUGAAAUGACAACCAUUCCAACUACUAUGUGCCGAACGAACCGUAUAAACAAACUUCUAACAAGAACUUCGAUUUGUGUAUGUGUUUCACAUUAGGAGCGUGAUUUUGGCACGAACUUCUCUUUCAUCGCAUACAACGCAACACAACACAACAGACUCAUUUGUUAUUGUUAUGUUUGUUGCGUUUGUUUAUUUGAUCCCGUUAUCCGAGCAUGUAUUGAGUUUCUAUAUCGGAACCGAUUAAACAUGAAUUUCAUCACAAAAUGAGUAGAGUUGUUGCGGUACGGUAUUUAUGUCAAAACAAUAUUCAGCUGUCAAACGGGGCCGGUUGAUUCAUAUCCAUCUGAGCAUUUGAAAAGCUAUUCAUCAUGGCCCGUGGAGCCCGUGGAUCUCGCGGUGGAAGCGAUGAGAGAUUCACAACAGUGAAACUGGCUCUACGAACAAUCAUCCAGAAACCGUAUCGGCUGAUUUUGACAACAGUGAUUGGGGAAAUGAGCAUCAUGGCAACGCUAAUCUCACUUCUGGCAUCGCUCUAUUUUCUAUAUCUGGUUAAUACGGCGGUCGAUGAUUUCGACAACGACUUUUUCAACAGCAAUGGUGAUGAAAUCAUCAAAAUGUGCUUCUAAGGUGUGCUCCGGCAAAAUUACACCAAUGAUCGAAUGUUUAUGGUCCCAGGUUUCCGGCAAAUUGUUAUCAAAAUUCUCGGCGAAUGGUUUCCGUGGCCAACGAACAGAUUUUUCGGCAACACAUUCAAAUACCUGUACGAGCAAUAUGCCACAAACGUCAAGACCAACCUCAAAACGCAUUGCGAAAAGCGUUUGAGAAAGUUCUUCAAAAUGCGUUGCUACGAAUUGAACCACAUGUGUCUGUGUGGAGAUCUCGAGUUGGACGAAUUAUUCGAUGGUGACGACAUCAAAAAUGCCAUCAACUACACAUACAACCGGAGAGAUUCAACGCGUGGCAAUGCAAAUGCCAUACGGAAAUUGGAAAUACUGUUGGCGGAGCUGUAUUGGAUAGGAGCCCCUCACAGACCAGAUGAUCCACACCCAUUCAACAUCAGAGAAUUCGUUGAACUCAAUUGGUUCCAAGCAUUGCGCAUGUUCAUGAAUAUACAGCGUGAUAUUCAUAACUUUCACCUCUCGUUUGCCAAUCUACGCCAAAGUUGGAAUCUGUUCCGAAAAUAUCCGCUCUAUGUGCAACAGCCAGAAUUCCCAGAGCCGCCUGAAAUCACCACCUUCACAGUAAUUCCGAAGUGCACAUUCCAGCGCCGACACGUGAAAAUUGAUACGGAUGCAUUGCACAAUAUUUUAUGUGGCAUUAAGGCAAUGCAGCGGACAAAAGGCACUCGAGUCUUACGAAACGGCGAAUAUCAACAGCGCUGGAUCUCACAGACUGAAUUCAAGGAGAGAGGGGGCUGGCGUUUGUUUUUCAACAUGGAUGAAAUUAUCAAGUUAGUCAAGAAUAAGAAGGAAUUCGGCGAUUCGAUAAUAUCAGAUGGUGUGUCAGCGUCGGUGUUAUUCAAAUUUCCGAAACAGAGCAAAACUGUUGCUGAUGAAGAUGAGGCCGAAACCAAACGAAAAUAUUUCGCAGGCGAAUUCGCGUAUGCAUUGGGGAUUGAUCCAGGCAUGCGAACCUUUAUUGCGUCGGUCCGCCUCGAUCUAAAGACCGGCGAAGAGACCAACGAGAAGAUUUCGUUCAAACAAUACCAUCUGAAAUCGAAACAAGAUGCGCGCAACAUUAAAGCCGAACGAAUGACACGAGUCUUCACGUAUGACGAACAAGCGGACCUCAAACGUAUCGCCGCAGAGAUUGGCCAGACACCAUCGCCACGGAACAUCUCUUGGCGCCAUUACAUCGAACAUCGCCUGCGAAUGUCCCAAGAUGGUAUCGCGGCAUACAGUCAGAAAAACUAUGCACGCUUACGUUUGGACAAACACAUUGAAUGGCGUCGUGCAAUUGAUCUCAUCGCCGGUAAGCUGUUACAUUUCAAGACAGCUAUCAUCAACAUCGGAGCAGCCGAAAUUUCACCAAAUUGCCCGAUCCGAAUCAAAAAGUACGUGCGGUGUCCAGGCGUUCGCAAGCUGAUUGCAGCCUUCAAAAGACGUGGCAAUUGUGUCGUUCGGUUGGUGGAUGAAUACAUGACAUCGCAACAUUGUGCCCGAUGCUUCAAACGGUUCCCGAUAUGGACGAAGAGCAAACGAUACAAGAAGUGCAACGAUUGCCAACCAGAUGAACGUGUUGGACUUCCGAGAACCAUCUAUACGAACGUGAGCAAACGAGUGUUGCAAAUGCAACGGAAAAUCAUGCGUACAUGGGAGGAAAUGCGCGACCAAGGUGAUGCUAUUGCAGCCAUUCUAACCCAACGAAAUUCAGGACGUUUGGUGUCAAAGAAGCAACGCUUCUUCAAAACCUGGCAACCAAAUGCUGCUGAAAACGCUGGAACAGACGCUGCACAAACACGCAAGUUGCUCAAAUCACUUUGGCAUCGGGACAUAUCAGCAGCCAAACUGAUCAUGUACAAAGGUCUUUGCACGCUGCUUGACAUUCCGAUACAUCCAGCAUUGCUGCGACGACCAGAUGACGACGGCGUUCCACUCAAUCCAUAAAUCAAAAUCCAGCGUUUAGCAUUAAAGUUUUUUUUUAACAAAUAUUUUCUAAUAGUUUAUUAGAGUUCUCAAGCCUUGCACUUAGUGGGCUAUUUUAAGGUUUAUAAGGUGUCUAACUUUAUUUACCGCAGUACAUGAGUGGUUUUAUAGACGUUAUUUGAUGAUCAGAAUGAGUCGUGUUCAUUUUCCGGUUUGACAAUGUCGCCGCAUUCUUUGGAUAUGACUUGUUCAAUGCAUCAUAUCACGGUUAUGGAAAACACCCUAAUGUACAAUGCAAAAACACUGCUCUGAAAAAUGAAAGUACAAUUGGUUUAUUUUUCUACUAUUAUCAAUUCUCUGAUAACUUAACCUCUUUUGGGUUCAUCAUUAAUAAUAUUCAUUUGAUUUGUUUUCAAGAAACAAAGGAGCAUUUGCAUCGUUUGUUGUAUAUAGGUGAUACAACGAAUAUACAUAUUUUAUAGGCUGUAAGAUGUAAUAGUGCUUGUUUUUCUGCAUGCUUUUUCAUAUGGUGGAAAAAAUAAGACCAUUAUAAUCUUCUAUUUAUAUCUAAGGGGAGAAUUUAAAGCGCCUAAAAAAAUUUCCUGUUUAUUUAGGAUUGCUCCAGAAAAGAAAUGCUAUUUGUUCUUUUCAAAAUGAAAAUUUAUUUGUAUAGAUAAAAUUUUAUCUUUUUUUUAUAAUAAAAAUAUAUUUUUCUUACACAAAA